CCAGAGGUUUUGUUGUGCUGAUUUCCCAGUCUAUAAUUUCUACUGUGGCCACAUGCAAAAGCAAUGCCAAUUGCAUCCUUCUUAACCCCUGUGUGAAAAUUUGACUUUAAUAUACCUGUUCAUUCCUUCUCCUUCAUAAAGAUGUCUGAGCCUGACUCUUCAUCUGGAUUUGCAGGGAGUGUGGAGAAUGGAACUUUCCUUGAGCUGUUUCCCACAUCGCUGUCCACAUCGGUGGACCCGUCCUCAGGCCACCUGUCCAAUGUCUACAUCUAUGUGUCCAUAUUCCUCAGCCUUUUAGCAUUUCUGCUUUUGCUUUUAAUUAUUGCCCUCCAGAGGCUCAAAAACAUCAUCUCCUCCAGCUCCUCCUACCCCGAGUACCCAAGUGAUGCUGGAAGUUCUUUCACCAACUUAGAAGUCUGUAGCAUUUCCUCCCAAAGGUCCACUUUUUCAAACCUUUCAUCCUGAAGAAAGUGGAAGAAUCCUUAAAGCAACAGCAGUUUCAGUUUUCCUUUAUGGGGAGUGUUGAGUCAUCAAAGAAAGGACCUCUUUGGGUUAGACCUGUUUUCCUCCUUUUUCUUUGAUUUCUUUUCUGUUCCCCGAUGCUWUUCAUUUCUGAAUGGAGAAGCAGAUGCUGACAGAAAUUCGUGCAAACUUGGAGGUGCAGAAUUUCACACAGACCAUUUGACAGAUCCGGAGCUGGCUUCUUGGAGGUUGACCAGCAUUUUGUUGUAUGUUCACUGGGAGGCUUUCUCAGAGAAUGCUGGGUAUGGGCUUUUGCACUUCAUUUCUCUUACAAAACCACAAGAUCAACUGAGCCAGCAGCACCUGGCAAAAUUGAAUUAUUAAGAAGAUAUUCUCCAAACUUGAAAGAUAAAGCAGAGACACCAAAUUUWAAAAAAAAGAGAGAAAAAGUGAGUCAGUCUAGAAUUAAUGUGUAACAUUUCUAAACCGGGGGUAAAAAAUACACAAAAUGUUUUCUUUAAUUUCACUUUAACAAAUGAAAGUCGCAUUUAUGGAUAGAUAUGACAUUUGGAAAAGUUUUGGAAGAGUUUGACUUUCAGUAGCAAGACAAAUAUGCGUCAUGAAGCAGUUUGUAAUGUAUCUGUGCCUCCUGGGCUUUUUCUUCUACUUAUGUUGCAGUUAUAAUAGCCCUCAAUUGUGGAAUUCUUUAUGAUAAUUGUUAUUACUGUUACUAAGAGAAAUACCAGAAGAGACACCAAGGAUUUUUUAUUUUCUGUCUAUAAUUUCUGUC